GCCGCCAUCUUUGGUUCUCCAGACCCGGAUGCUUUACUUGUUGUAUGUCACACCAAAGACCACGCGUUCCCGCCAUAAUUUUACACAAUGUCUGAUAACGCUGACGCCAAGCCAGAGGGCGAGGGAAACGAGUACAUCAAACUUAAAGUUGUAGGACAAGAUUCCAAUGAGAUUCACUUUCGUGUGAAAAUGACAACACAAAUGGGCAAGUUAAAGAAAUCAUACAGUGAACGUGUGGGCGUCCCAGUAGCUUCGCUUCGCUUUCUCUUUGAUGGACGACGUAUUAACGAUGAAGAGACGCCUAAAGCGCUGGAAAUGGAAAAUGAUGACGUAAUUGAGGUUUACCAGGAACAGACCGGCGGCCAUUGAUGUAACACAUUCCUGCGAGUGUAGGACUAAGGCUAUGUUAGGUUAAGGAAGUUUAUUUUUUGCCACACAAGUACCUUUAUUUUUUCCUCCACCUGACUGAAAAGGGAUUAGCACAGAUCCAGCUAUGUGCUCUUAAAUUUUUUUUUUUUUUCCUUCAAAUUAUACUGGUCCAGCUAAAUGCGCCAACUUUUAAUUAAUUCAAUUUAUUUUAUUUUAUUUUUACAACUUGCACAGACCCAGCUAAGUGGUUUUAGGUAGAAUUUUGUAUGAGUGUACUGUGUAAAUGCAGUUCAUAGUAUUAGAAUUUACUUACAAAUUGAAAGCCAACUCCCUUAAUUGUGAUACUCCCCUGCGUGGAUGGUGCAAGUAUGCUUCUCAAGUCAUAAUUGUUCUGAUAUAUAAAGUGAAUUGUAGAUGAAUUUUUGUCCAUGGUCAUGCUUUGGAUGAUUUAUUGUCUUAAAAUUUAGUGGUGAACAAUAUUGGUGGGCCAUCUAUAGCUCAGAGAGCAGGUCUAUCACAGUUGAUUUAUUUUUGCCAGAGAAGAAUAACCUGAUGUUAGAUAAGGUUGUCAACAAUUAGCAAAUAGUUACCUCGUGUGAAUGUCUUAACAUUGUAUUAGAUGCAGCUGGACAUCUUUAUUGCUGAGAAAGAAAAUAGACUCUAUGAGUUUUAUGUGUAAUUCUUAUUCAAAUACAUUCUGAAUUUGCCCCUUG